GGGCUGCAACCGGGGAGGGACUCUCGGGCCGCCCCGGCGCGCACGGGGGCGGGGACCGGCAAAACGAGACCAUUUCCCGGCAGAGACGCCGGUGCCGCUGCCUGGCUCCGGCGGGAAGUUCCGGGGCGGCUGAGCGGAAAGCCCUGCCAGCCGUGCCAGAUUCCUGGAGCACCUCGAGGCUCCCGGCCGGCCCCCGAUGCGAGUUGUUGUUUAUGCCGCGAGCACUCACUCCCUCCCGCGCGCCUCCUCCUCCGCCCCACCUGCUCCUCCCUCGUGUUGUAACAUGCCACUAGUGAGCCUGCGACCACAGCGCCCAGGGUGCUAGCGUUCGCACUCAGCCACCAUGGGGAAUGGGAUGAACAAGAUCUUGCCUGGCCUAUAUAUCGGCAACUUCAAAGAUGCCAGAGAUGCCGAACAACUGAGCAAGAACAAGGUGACCCAUAUUCUGUCUGUCCACGAUAGUGCCAGGCCUCUGUUGGAGGGAGUUAAAUAUCUGUGCAUUCCAGCAGCAGAUUCACCGUCUCAAAACCUGACAAGACAUUUCAAAGAAAGUAUUAAAUUUAUUCACGAGUGCCGACUCCGUGGUGAGGGUUGUCUCGUGCACUGCCUGGCCGGGGUGUCCAGGAGCGUCACACUGGUGAUUGCGUACAUCAUGACUGUCACUGACUUCGGCUGGGAGGACGCCCUGCACACUGUGCGUGCCGGCAGGUCCUGCGCCAACCCCAACCUCGGUUUCCAGAGGCAGCUCCAGGAGUUCGAGAAGCAUGAAGUUCAUCAGUAUCGGCAGUGGCUGAAGGAAGAGUAUGGAGAGAGCCCUUUGCGGGAUGCAGAAGAAGCCCAAAACAUUCUGGCCACACCAGGAAUUCUGAAGUACUGGGCCUUUCUCAGAAGACUGUAAUGUUCCUGGAGUUUCUGAAAUAUUGCAAAGCCACAGAAUUUAGGCUGGUGCUGCCAAAAAAAGAAAAGCAACUUUACAGUUCAUGUUUUAGCAUCCGGCAAUGAUGUGUAAACGUCUUUGCUUUUCAUUUUAAACUGUAUAUGUAUGUGAUCUUAUAAUAUGUUGAGACUUGAGGCUAUUCUUUAGCAAGAGAAAAUAUUUUUACCUUAACUUCACUGAUGUGGCCAUUUCUUUAACCUUACUUGGAUGCCUGUAAAACCACCUCAAGAGCUCAAUUGUGCUGUUUUGAUUACUGUUCAGUAAUCACAAUCGCUUCUCAUGAAUAGCUACCCAAGGGGAACCCAGCCCCUGGGGACUGUGCCUCAUAAACUCUGCUCACAUGGUCUUAAAUUCCCCAGCUUGGGAAAUAUUUCUGGGUGCGUGUGUGUGUCUUAUCCAUGGUUUGUGUUUUUUCCUGGUGGAAUUUACCAAAAGCUACAGAAUGUUGUUAAUAAAGGGCAUGUACCCAAGUUUCCCAUCUCA